UUCGCUCACGUCCACGAGCACCUACCGAACAUCCACCUGCAGCUUGACGUCCCAUGACCAACGCUUUUUAACAAUAAUAACCCAUUGUCCAACCCCCGCCUUUGCUGUUUUAAGGAAGGGAAAGAGAGGGAAAGAGAUCGAGUGAGAUUUGUGUUUGUGCAAAGAGAGCGCCGAGAAAGAGAAAGAGAGAUUUUUGUGAGAGAGUCGUGUUUGUGCGUUUGUGUAUGUGUGUGAGAGAGAGCUGGGAUUCGAGAGCGUGCGAUCACACGAAUUUGAUUUGCUAGACCGCCUCCCCGCACUCACGUCCGUUGUGUUAUUGUAUGAGGAGCACGGCUGGCCCAAUGGUUACGAUGGCUUCGAAUGGAUUGGCCGUUCCUGCUUCAAGCAAUUAUUUAGAGAAUGGACGCUAUUAUCACGGGUUCCGGAGAGGCAUGUACAUGUAUCCGUGCGACGAGCCCGAAAAAGACCGCAUGGAUAUCUACCACAAAUUGUUCCUGGUGGCACGAAGGGAACAACUGCACCAGGCCCCGAUGCCUCCAAAUUGGGCACAGCCCCGCAUCCUAGAUUUGGGCUGUGGGACAGGAAUCUGGGCUAUUGACAUGGCAGAUCGAUAUUUGCAGGCCGAAGUUGUUGGUCUGGAUCUGGUCAACAUUCAACCCGAAAGGAUUCCACCAAACCUUCGAUUCCGUGUCCCACGCGACUAUGAGAGCCCGUGGUCCCUGGGCGAGGAUUCCUGGGAUUUGAUCCAUGUCCGAAUGGCCUGCGGGAGCGUUUCCAGCUGGCCCGAGCUGUACCAGAAAGUCUAUUCGCAUCUCAAGCCCGGCGCUGGUUGGAUAGAGCACGUCGAGAUCGACCUCGAGCCCCGUUGCGACGACAACACACUUCCCUCUGAUAGCCCGCUGACGAACUGGUACCACUACCUCGAAGAUGCCACUGCUCGUGUUUCACGGCCCAUCGCAUACAAUCACCAGACGCGCCAAAUGCUCCAAGCUGCUGGCUUCAUCGACAUUCAAGAAAUUGUCAUCCGCGCACCAUACAACUCAUGGCCCAACGACCCGCACCAGAAAGACAUUGGUCGGUGGUACAACCUAGGCAUAACCGAAGGCCUGGAGGCACUGAGCUUUGCUCCCCUUACCAGGGUGAACAAGUGGGAUCUCGAGCAACACGUCAAGCCGCUCGUCGAGGCUGCACGGCAACAAAUAUGUAACCGCAAGAUUCAUGCGUACAACAACAUACACAUCUGGACUGCCCGAAGGCUACAACAAUGAACGAGUUUUGGCUCUUCGGUCGAUGGUGCGCCCUGCACUGGCUGAAAGCUCCCGGUUGCACUUGCACGAGUCUGAAUCGCUAGUAGCAUGGUCACAAUUUUGCGUUCGUCCACCCUCGAUGUCUCUUCCCCUACCGACAUGGCAGGCCCUCAAUGCGCCUGCCCCACCGUCCCGUUGUUAAACC